AGAAAUAUCAAAAGAGUGCCGGCUUCGCAUAAAAGUGACCUUGGCCAUUGCACUUAUUCGCUUCUUGCUUACAAAUCACCGUAAUUUCAGCUUUGCUGAAUAUUUUAUUUGCCGGGUGCCCUUUUUUGCUCUUUACGGUGAAUUUCGGCGUCUUCCGGCAACACAAUGAUAAUUUCCCGGCGAUGGUCGUGGGCACACUCUAGCUGACAAUAGUUCCCAAGAAACCGGUAUUUAUUCAAAUUCUUUUAUCUUUUGAGCGGUUUUUUGUCCUUUUCCACUUCUGGUUUUAAAGAUUGUGAAAAGCUUUUUCUGGUUUUUAGGGUUUCUGCUUUUCUUCACCUUUUUUCUGUUUUUUUGAGGGUUUUCGGUUAUGUGGGUAGCUCUAGUUUGGAUCCAGGGUUGUGUUGGUGUUUUGUUUCUGGACUUCUGGGGGUGCAGUGCAGCGGACUAGUGAAGCGGACUGGUGAGAAUUAGGAUUUUGGGGCUUUUCUGGUUAGGGUUUCAUGAAGUUUGAAGUCAGAUUGCGGGGUCUAUUCGUUUUGAUUGCAGAGAUUUCGGGUUUCCGGGAUGUAGUUGUUGAGAAUUAGGGCUUUUUUUUUUGUCUGGUUCUGGUUCGAUGAAGUUCGAAGUUAGGUAAUGAUGCUCAGCUUUUGAUCGGAAAGGGGGUUUUCUGGGUUCUCCAGUGGUUCUAAUGGAGGCGAGAAUUAAGGGUCGGACUCAACAAUUUUAUAGUUCUGGUGUGCCUGAAUUCAUGCUAAAAGGGAAAGGUCCUGUGGUGGUUGAACAAAGCAGAGAUUGGGAUCCCAACGAUUGGAAAUGGGAUGCGAACUUAUUCAUUGCUACCCCUUUGAGCUCCACUGCUCAAGAUUGCCAGAUUAAGCAGUUUUUUCUUCCUGGAUCAAACAAUGGAGCUGGGAAUUCAGGCGCUGAAGAGGCUGGAAAACGCAGGAGAGUUGAAGCGGAGUCGAAUAAUGAAGAGGGAUCUCUUACUUUGAAGCUUGGAGAACAUGCUUAUCCAAUAUUGGACAUGGAGGCCUCGAAUUGUGAAGGGAAAGGUGGGAAGAAGUGUAAAGUUCAGGGAGGAAAUGGGAAUCGAUCUACUUGUCAAGUGGAUGAUUGCCAGGCUGAUCUGAACAAUGCGAAGGAUUAUCAUAGGCGCCACAAAGUUUGCGAAAUGCAUGCCAAGGCAACAAAUGCGCCAGUUGGUCAAGUUAUGCAAAGAUUUUGUCAACAGUGUAGCAGGUUUCAUGUGCUUCAAGAAUUUGAUGAAGGGAAGAGAAGUUGUCGGAGACGUUUGGCAGGCCAUAACAGGCGAAGGAGGAAAACACAUCCUGAUGUGGUUGCUGGUGGGGAUAAUUUGAAUGAUGAACGAGCUAGUGGCCUUCUCUUGAUUAGUCUGCUAAAGAUUCUUUCUUAUAUGCACUCAAAUAGCUCAGAGCGAACAAAAGGCCAGGAUCUUUUAUCGCAACUUUUGAGGAAUAUUGCUGGUUCUGCUGGUGCUGGUGCACUUGAUGGGAUGCAACUAGCUGGACUACUUCAAACAUCUCAAACUCUACAGAAUGUUGUUGGGACCUCUAGUGGAACAUCAUCAGAGAAGGAGCCUGUUAUGUUUCCAAAUGCCAUUUCUUGUGCUACUGGUCAAGAGUCCUCAAAACCUUCUCAGCCAACAGAUUUAGCAUCCAAGGGCCUUAAUUAUCAAGAUUCUAUGGUGAGGGCUAAUGAUCAAGCUGUCACUGUAGCUGCACCAGGGAUGCCUCAAAAAGUCACUGUGACACAAAGUUGUGCAAGUGAGGCUUUUCGAGCUGUACCUUUUGAAAGUUGUAAGAAUCUAUGGACAGUAAAGGAGGGAAUUCUUAGAGAAGCACAAGCUGGAUCUUCGAUGUUACCUAUAAUUGUGCAGGAAUCCUCUUUGGAGAAGCAGUGUGUAAAGCCAAAUAAUUUUGAUUUGAACAGCAUCUACAAUGAAUCUCAGGAUUGUGUUGUGGAUACGAUGGUCGAGACCAAUUCCCCAGAUUGGCCUUCAUGUUUGGUACAUGAUCCUCACCAAAUAAGUCCAACUCAGACGAGUGGUGCCUCAGAUUCAGCAUCUGACCGGUCACCAUCUAGUUCAAGUGGAGAUGUUCAAAGCCGUACAGAUAGGAUUGUUUUCAAACUCUUUGAUAAGGACCCUAGUGAUCUUCCUCUUGUACUGCGGGGGCAGAUCCUUGACUGGCUGUCUCACAGCCCCACAGACAUUGAGAGCUACAUUAGGCCUGGUUGUAUUGUUCUAACAAUUUACUUACAUUUGGUUGAGUCCAUGUGGGAGGAGCUAAGCAGCAAUCUCAGCUCUAGCUUAGGGAGGCUUUUGGAACUCUCGAAUGAUAAUUUCUGGAGAACAGGAUGGAUAUAUGCCACAGUGCAGCAUCGGAUAGCAUUUAUAUAUAAUGGUCGAGUCAUGCUAGAGCUACCUUAUCACUCAAAAUCUAACAUUUUAAGUGUCACCCCAUUUGCUGUCGCUGUUUCUGCUGAGGCGAACUUCACCUUGAAAGGCUUUAAUCUUUCACACUCAAAGACCAGGUUGCUUUGUGCCUAUGAAGGGAAUUAUCUAAAUUCGAGUAGUGACUCCACAGCAGAAGAGAAUUUCUGUGAGGAGAGCAGUGAGUCCGAUGAGGAAGAGAACACCAUCCAAUCCCUCAGCAUCACUUGUUCUUUCCCUGAUAUUAUUGGGGGAGGUUUCAUUGAGGUUGAAGACCAUGACCUGCACAGUGGCUUCUUUCCCUUCGUAGUUGCAGAGCAAGAUGUAUGUUCUGAAAUUCGUACACUGGAGAGCACAAUUGAGUUAUCCGAAUUUGAUGACCCAAAAAUGAGAGCUAACCAAGUCCAAACUAAGAAUCAAGUCAUGGAAUUUCUAAAUGAGAUGGGAUGGCUUCUUCGAAGAAAUCAGUUGAUGUCUUUAUCCAAUGGUUCAGAUAUCUAUGAUUUCCCUCUUGCACGUUUCAAGUGGCUUUUGGAAUUCUCCAUGGAGCGUGACUGGUGUGCUGUGGUAAAAAAGCUUUUGGACGUUGUUUUUGAGGGAAAGUUCGAGUUGGGGGAACGCUCUUCUGUUGAGUUAAUGUUAUGUGAAGUGGGUCCACUCCAUAGAGCAGUAAGAAGAAACUGUAGGUCCAUGGUGGAUUUCCUCUUGAGAUAUGUCCCUACAAAAAUUUCGGAAGAAACAGUAGCCAUGCGUAGGGAAUUGGAAGGGAAACCUUUUCUUUUUAGACCUGAUAUGAUUGGGCUGGCUGGUGUGACACCUCUUCAUAUAGCAGCUAGUAUGGAAGGUGCAGAGGGCGUCUUAGAUGCUUUAACUGAUGAUCCCGGGCAGGUCGGAAUUCAGGCAUGGAAGAAUGCCAAAGAUAAAACAGGUUUCUCCCCCGAAGACUACGCUCGACUCAGAGGCUACACCGGCUACAUUGAUCAGGUACAACGAAAGGUAAUAUCUCAGAAACAAGCAGUUGGGCAUGUGGUCCUUGACAUGUCUGGCCUCUUAUCAACCCCAAAUAGAGCCCAAACCAAACAAAUAGAUUACAUACGUAUUAAAUUAGAUACAAAGUCAUGCCAAAACUCAGAUAAGUUAACCUCUUUCAACAUUGACAAAGGCACUACAGCUGGGCAUUUACAUUACUGCAAGCUCUGUGACAAACAAUUGGCUUACAAAAAUGCAAAGAGAUCGCUGCUUUAUAGGCCUGCUAUGCUUUCAAUGGUGGCCAUUGCAGCUGUUUGUGUUUGUGUAGGGUUACUUCUCAAAGGACCACCUGAGGUUAUCUUCGUGUUUCCCUUUAGAUGGGAAUUGUUGGGGUAUGGCCCUAUUUGAGAUUGGGGGGUUUGUGUUUUGGCCUGUGUGAAUUAGAUUAGAGUUUGAAGGGACGUAAAACUGAUGUGUUAUGGUUGUUGUAUUAGUCGAUAGUCAUACUCUGUAUAUUGAUCUUGUUCCAUUAAAUAAUAGGCAUUGUAUUCUGUGCUGCUCUUUAUGGGCAGAUUUCAUUUGUGA